AUGAAGUAUAUGUACCCAAACCAGACAGAUGUGCCUCAUACCAUAGUCCGCUAUUUCCAGAGGAACAGCUUUAUUUAUGAAGGAGGCUCUGGCCUCAGUCAGGAAGACGCAGAAGUUAGCCUGUCUGCUGAGACACAGCUCAAGUUUCAGAGCUCCCACCAACAGCUUCUCCAGCUGGAAGCAUCACCACCAGUUUUAGUUCUGGAACAUGCUACUAAAGGGGGAAUACUCGGAUUCUCAUGUUCUCUCUCCAUUCUCCUUUUAUUUUUCCAGUCUAGAGCACAACCACCAGAAGACAACAGAAGGAAACCAGUUUUGGGGAAACUUGGCACUCUGUUUACAGCUGGAAGAAGGAACAUCAGAAACGGGGUAGAGAGUCCCGGUCAAACCAGCUCAAACACCAAAUCACUCUCCCCCAAAGAUGGAACCUCUUCUAAACUCCCUGAGAGAGUGAGAAGAGCAAAAUACCGUGCAGCCAACUACAGCAAGCGGACCCCAGCGAGGCGGGUUGCCCCCCAGGAGGCGCCCCUGGAGGCUGAGGCCAAGGACCUGGGGGGACGUAUCCAGGCAACCCCCAUAGACGCCGAGCUGUCACCUGCGUCAGGCAGCAGUGCAGCGGUUGUGCAGCAGUGCCAUGAUUCACCUCAAUUAGAAGAACCUCUGCAGGCAGGGGGAGAGACCUUCCCGGAUGCUACCAUCGCUGCCAAGCAGCUGCAUUCCUCACCUGGGAAUUCCUCCAGGCAAGAGAACGCGGAGACGCCCGCCCGCAGUCCGGGGGAGGAUGCCUUGCCCAGCACUGGCCCCGACCUGGAGACUGCGCCGGGGUGGCCCACCGGGGCAGGACUAGGUGAGCCCCCCGACGGAGUCCCCCAAGUGGGUCCUGAAGGAAGCGCUUUGCUUCACCUGGGCGUGCGCAGCCCCCCGGAGAACGCUUCCGCUCUGCCAGGAGACCCUCCCGCCCAGGGCUCAGAGAACAGAGCUGGCUCCGGGGAGCCUAGCGGCACAGCACGGCCUGGGGAUCGCGCCCACCCCGCCAAAGUGUUAACUUUGGACAGCUACUUGAGUAAGACUGAGGCGGGGCAGGUGGACGAGCCGGUCGUAAUUAUACCCGGAGCAGAAGAUUGCGGCUAUUCCGACGACAUGGAGAAGAGGUCAAGUGGCCCCAAGUCCGGCCGGAGAAGAAAGUCGCAGAAAUCCACCGACUUCCCCGGCGCCGACACCGCGCUGCCCGAGAGUCCAGCCCGGGACGACGCGGUGUUCGACGAUGAAGUGGCGCCAAAGGUCUCCGUCUCGGCUGAAAAGAAAGUGAUAUCUCUGCGGGCGGCCCUUGAGGUGGGCGUUGACUCCACGGCUAGCCCGGAGUCCAAGCCCGGCCCCAAAGGGCAGCUCCGCGGGGAGUUGGAUCGCGGCAAACAGCCUCCCCAGACCUCGUCCCCCACCAAGAGGAAGGGCAGGAGCCGCGCCCCGGAGCCCUUGCCCAGCCCGCCUGCCAGCGUCCCGCUGGCUACCGCCAGGGAGUCUCCACCCAAGAGAGCGCCAGCACCCGACCCUGGCCCGAAAUCUAAGGGCGCCUUGGCCGACUGCGGGGAGGAAGCGGCCCGGGUCAUCCCUCGUGAGCUUACGGUCAAGAGCAGCUCUCUGCUGCCUGAGAUCAAACCCGAGCACAAGAGGGGACCUGUCCCCAACCACUUCAACCACUUCGAUGGCCGGGGUGGGGAGGGAGGCCGAAGCAAAGAGCAAGGCAGGUCGGCUGGAGCUUCAGAGGCUGACGGUUUGAAGCCCAGGAACCAUUUCGGUGUGGGCAGGUCGACGGUGACCACAAAAGUGACCCUACCUGCCAAACCCAAGCAUGUGGAACUAAAUCUUAAAACCCCUAAGAAUCCUUAUAGUUUGGGAAAUGAGCAUAGUCCAUUUAACCAGCCAGUUCAUAAAGGAAACACUGCCACCAAAAUCUCCUUAUUUGAAAAUAAACGAGUAAAUAAUAGCCCAAGACACACUGAGGUUCGAGGCAUAAGGAACACUUUUGCCUCUAAUAAGACAUUUGUUGGGAGGGCAAAGCUGAAUUUAGCCAAAAAAGCUAAGGAAAUGGAGCAACCAGAAAAGAAAGUAGUGCCAAACAGUCACCAGAAUGGUGGGCUGGUGAAAGAACAGUCUGCAGAAACCAAAGGUCCUCUCUCUGAAAAAGAGAUUCUCCCAGUACCCAAACAAAGGGGAGGAGAGCCCACGAAGCAAGCUUCCGGUCCUCAGCCCAGCCAGGAUGAUACAGAAAAUGUGCAAAGAGAUGCUGGUGGCCCAUCAGAACCAGUGGUUACUACUCUGAUUGCUGUCCAGGACCAGAAGCUCUUAGAAGAUGACUCUGAGACCUCUGAAAGCAAAAGACUUGCGCUUGAACAUCUGGUGGAUGCAGCACGAGAUGUCCCCUCUGCUCUUGAUACCAAAGAUUUAUCUCCAAAGCCACAAAAUACAUUUGCUGACUUGCAGCCCCCAGCUGAGUCAUCAUCUAAGGAGCCUUCUUCCCCACUGCCUACCUCCAUUCCUGUGGAUGUUCCCAAAGAUGUAUGUGCUCAAACUCCCAUAAGUGGCUUUCCAUGCACUGAUCUAAAAGCGUCAGAAAACCGUAAUGGGUGUAUUUUGCCUGUAUCUCACCACAGUGAGAAAAUGCCACUCUCUAAAGUCAGAGAAGGGGGAGAAUCAGACCCUCCUUUGUCUCUAGAAAACAACUCAGAAGGUGUGGGAAAUGAGUGUCCAUCCAAGGUGCUUCUCCAGUUCAGGUCCUUUGUACUUCCUGUGGAGAGCACCCAGGAUGUGAGCUCCCACAUCAUCUCAGAAAGCUCUGAAGUUAGAGAAGUGCAGUUGCCAAGUUGUCACAAUAAUGAACUUGAGGUGGUUUCAGUUGCAAGUUGUACUCCCCAGCAAGAGGAAGUAGUGGGCAAUACAAGCACAUCACCCAAGCACACUUGUUGCAAAGAAGAAGAAAUAGCAAAGUCUGACUCAUAUCUCAUGCCAGCCGAAUUGGACAAAGCUUUGCCUACCCACGCUCAAAGUGAGGGUAGCCGGAUACCCCCAGGGGCUGAGUCUAGCCCCAUUAAUUCUCCAAGCAGCAGAAUUUAUUCAGAAACUACUCAAAGGCCAGAUCAGAAUGUUGCGAAUGGCCAGGAUAGUCUUUUGAAUGUCCCUGCUGGUAGUGAUGACAGUGUAUUUGAUUCCUCUUCUGAUAUGGAAAAAUUUACAGAAAUUAUAAAAAAGAUGGGCAGUACAGUUUGUGUGCCUCAGAAGAAGAAGCCCAGAAUGCCAAACUCUCCCGCCCCUCAUUUUGCCAUGCCUCCAAUUCACGACGACAAUUUAGAAAAGGUGUUUGAUCCCAAAGUGUUCACUGUUGGUUUGAGGAAGAAGGAAAGCCAGCUAGAAACGUUACCAGGUUUACAUCUCAUGCAGAGCCUGGACCCCAGAUCUAAACUGAGGCCCAAACGUGCAUCCACUGAGCACAGUGUCAUCUUUAAGUCUUUGCAUGGCAACACUGACGGGAAAAGUGAAUCUCAGGUGACUCCAGAGACAAAUGACAAAGAGAACAGGGAUAUCAUCAAUGGUGGUGUUAAAAGAUCGAGGCUAGAAAAAAGUGCACUUUUCUCAAGCAUAUUAUCUUCUUUACCACAAGACAAAAUCUUUUCUCCCUCUGUGACAUCAGUGAAAACUAUGACCACGUCUUUCAGCACUUCUCAGAACUGUUCCCCAUCUUUGACUCAGCCCACAACUCAUGGUGCCCCGCCCAGUGGCUCUAACAGAGAACAGCCAAAUCUGCCCCAUAAUUCCUUAAAGGUCUUUAAUUUCAACUCAUCAAAUACUUCUCAUUCAAGCAUGAAAAGUCCAAGCCACAUGGAAAAGUACCUGCAAAAAGAGGAAACCAAAGAAGAUAUGAAUUCUUGAAGCAACCUGCACGUGCCAGAAACUAAAUUUUCCAAACUGAAGAACAGCGAUGAUAUGGAAAAGACUAAUCAUAUUGAAAGUGUUCUUAAGUCAAAUUUGCUAAAUCUUGGAAACAGUGAAGCUGAUUUCACAGAUCUUUUCAAAUCAAGCCGAAACGAUCCAAGCAUUCCUUUUUCUGCAAUGUCAUUAUCUGACACAGUGACACUUAGAGGAAGUGUCCAAAAUAAACUCAAUCCCAGACCUGGAAAGGUGGUGAUAUUCAGUGAACCUGAUGUUUCUGAGAAGCACAUUGAAGUUUUCAGCAGCAUUCAGGAUUGCAGUUCCUGGAAACUCUCUCCAGUGGUACUUAUAAAGGUUGUUAGAGGAUGAUGGCUGAUAUAUGAGGAGCCUGGAUUUCAAGGUGUCCCUUACAUCCUGGAACCUGGUGAAUACCCUGACUUAUCUUUCUGGGAUACAGACACAGCAUACAUCGGAUCCAUGUGGCCUAUGAAAAUGGU